CCUGAUCUAAUGUUAUCCGACUUGGACACAUUUCACUAACCCCAUUUCAAUUAUUUGUCUUCUCUGCAAUGGAUUCUUCUUGAUCACCAAGAAUAUUCUUUAUUAGCUGUUCUGCAAAGGCCUUUUACCUCUCCAGUCGUUCUUAGAUUUUCAGCUAUUGAUUUGGUAUGACAUGAUGUGGCUUUUUGUGGGUUUGUUAUAACGAGGGUAUUGGAAUCCAAAUCUUUAUUCUUUGGUCAAAUAGUCCAUGACCAAUCUAGGAGAAGGAAAGGAAGCUCUCUAUGCCUGACCCAUGUUUGGUACAUUACCCCUGAGAAGGGUCAGAGGUCACGUGGGCACCCACACUAAAGAUGAUGAUUUGCAUAAAACAUGCAGGGAAAAAGGAAGAAGCUACCCAAGCAGUGGUAGCAGCGGUAGUACCUUAGGCUUGGACCGGUGGGUGUCUAGUCAAAAAGGCCAUCUCUCUGGUUCCAUUCACAUGGGACCCCGGAAGAAUAAAAUGACCUUUGAACCCAAGCGAGGGACCUCCACGACAAGGGUUCCCUUAAGAUAUGGCUUCAAACACCCUUUUCGGAAUUGGGAUCCUCCCUUAUUAUUUUUCCUACUAAAUAAUCUCACAUGAAUACAAUAACCCACCCACCCAACUCCUGCCGUCGCCUUCACGAGUCCUUCGUUAAAGAUUCAUGAGUCUCAUUAGCCUCCUUGGAUGAAGGGAUACUCUUUUUGACUUCACACACUCACACACACGCAAUGUGGAAACAAAGCCCACAGCCCCCGUAAUUUAAUCCGUUAACGACGACUUUACUUUCACGUAAACGUUUUCUCCCCAUUGCAGGAGAUUCCAUUUCUGUGCUCUGGAUUCUGGGCUUCUGCCCUCCGCCCCAUCAAUCAUCCUUCUUUUAUCCUCCUCUCCCACCCCCACCCCCACCCCCACCUUCUUUGCAAACAAAAUCUACCCAUCACCUCCCACUUUCUCUCCUCUAUCCAUUGCUUUCCGCAAUCAUCCAUCUUCAACAAUAUGCUGAGCCCACCUGAUGAAUCCUCCAUCUCCAGCCCAUUCACUGAUUUCAUGAAGAGUGUGUUCUCAUACAAUGGCAAUGUGAUGCUGGCCGCCAUUGUAUCUUUGCUUCUUGUAAUUCUCUUUGUCUUGGUGCUCCACAUCUAUGCCAAGUGGUUCUUAGCUCAUGCCCGUCACAGGAGGAGAAGUUCCGUCUCUGUAUCGCAUGUUCUUCGUCCUACUCGUUUCCACCAUUUCCAUACAUUCACAUUUGAGACCACUCUCUCUGGUUCUCCAACCAAGGGUCUUGAUUCAUCAGCCAUUUCUUCCAUCCCUCUCUUUGUUUACAAAGCUGAGGAGCAUAAGCAUGGAUUGGAAUGUGUGAUUUGUCUGAGUGUCUUCGAGGAUGAUGAUGUUGGGAGGAACCUACCAAAAUGCGGUCAUGCAUUUCAUGUUCAGUGUAUUGAUAUGUGGCUGCAUUCUCACUCCAAUUGUCCUAUCUGCCGUGCUCCUGCGGCCUGUGAGAAGAAGGCUGUGAGUCAACCAGACGAGGCCAUUUUGCAGGAGGGGAGCAUUGAAUUAUCGGAAGCUUUCAUCGGUGACUUGGGGUUGAUUGAUGAGGACUCUCCAAUGGAGCUUGUGGUUGAGAUUCCUGACUCUGAGAAUGGGAAUGCGGUUACUGAUAUUCAUGAUUCAUUGUCAGCAUCUUCUUCCUUGUCAUCUCAGUCAUCGUCAUUGGGUUCUUCCUUGAAGAGAAUGCUGAGCAGAAACAGAUCAGAACACAAGGUCCAUCCAUCAUCCAUUUCCAAUGACUCAGAAGCUUGAUACAGAGAGUCAGAGAGCUACAUCUCCGUCCAUUUUCUUGUUCAUACUCGGCUAGCUAGCUCUGGUAAACCAAAUUGUAUAGAUCUUGUUUAAGUUGUAAUAGUUUCUCUCUGAAUCCCCAUUCAUCUUAAUGCUGCUAGCUGUUUCCUCAUUC